CCCAGCGGCUGGGCUCGGCCGGGCUACACAAGGCCCCCCAGGACCGACUUGGCUCUUCCUCACGUAUCAGGGCCGAAUCCCUUUUCUGACUGACCCCGCUUCGCGAGCAAACGCCAGCUCCGUGACGUCACAGCCUUGCCCAUCCCCUCUGCUUGAUGUCACCUGGAGUCCCGUUCCCCGCUUCACUAAGUGCUCCCUUUAGUGUCCUAUUCACCUGGUCCCCGGCUGGGCUCCGGCGGCACUGCACAGAACCUGCCAGGCUAGAGACAUGCUGCGAACCCAGCAGUGAUGUGGAGGUGGAGACCCACAGGAGCCCCGGACUUCACCUGAGCUACCUCAGCAGUCACCAAGGGUGGCAAGAAAAGGAAGAAAGCCCUGAGUUGGGGGGGACCAGGAUGCCUGACCGGGACAGCUAUGCCAACGGCACUGGGAGCAGCGGUGGAGGCCCUGGAGGCGGUGGCAGCGAGGAGGCCAGUGGGACAGGGGCAGGCAGUGGCGGGGCCAGCUCAGAUGCUAUCUGUAGAGACUUCCUGAGGAAUGUGUGCAAGCGAGGCAAGCGUUGCCGCUAUCGCCAUCCGGACAUGAGUGAGGUGUCCAACUUGGGGGUGAGCAAAAACGAGUUCAUCUUCUGCCAUGACUUCCAGAACAAGGAGUGUAGCCGCCCAAACUGCCGAUUCAUCCAUGGCUCCAAGGAGGAUGAGGAUGGCUAUAAAAAGACAGGAGAGCUUCCCCCUCGGCUGAGGCAGAAAGUGGCAGCCGGCCUGGGCCUUUCACCAGCUGACCUACCAAAUGGGAAGGAGGAGGUCCCUAUCUGCCGUGACUUUCUCAAGGGUGAUUGCCAGAGAGGCGCCAAGUGCAAGUUCCGUCACCUGCAGCGGGAUUUUGAGUUUGAUGCCCGGGGUGGAGGAGGUGCUGGUGGUGGGGGCUCAACAGGCCCAGUUCCCCCAGGACGACGUCAUGACCUCUAUGAUAUCUACGACCUCCCUGACAGGGGCUUUGAGGACCAUGAGCCAGGCCCCAAGCGCCGGCGAGGUGGAUGCUGCCCCCCAGAUGGCCCCCAUUUUGAAUCGUAUGAAUACAGCCUGGCUCCACCCCGAGGGGUGGAGUGCAGGCUGCUAGAGGAAGAGAAUGCCAUGCUCAGGAAGCGGGUAGAGGAGCUAAAGAAGCAGGUCAGCAACCUUCUGGCCACCAACGAGGUACUGCUGGAACAAAAUGCCCAGUUCCGCAAUCAGGCCAAGGUCAUGACCCUGAGCUCCACUGCACCAGCAACUGAGCAGACUCUGGCCCCCACUGUGGGCACUGUCGCCACUUUUAACCAUGGCAUCGCCCAGACUCACACUACUCUCAGCAGCCAGGCUCUACAGCCUCGCCCCGUGUCCCAGCAAGAACUGGUGGCCCCUGCGGGAGCUCCAGCUGCUCCCCCAGCUAAUGCUGCACCGCCUGCCGCUCCACCACCCCCACCCCCACACUUGAACCCAGAGAUCACGCCACUGUCGGCUGCUCUGGCUCAAACAAUUGCCCAGGGAAUGGCACCCCCACCUGUCUCCAUGGCUCCUGUGGCUGUAUCUGUGGCUCCUGUGGCUGUAUCGAUGGCCCAACCCUUGGCAGGAAUCACAAUGAGCCACACCACCACUCCCAUGGUGACUUACCCCAUCGCCUCCCAGAGCAUGCGUAUCACAGCCAUGCCACACUGAUGGGGCUAAUGGAUACUCCCCUGGUAUAGCCUCCCAGGGCUGGGGUCGAGGGGCCCUUACCUACCCACUCGCCUAGCCCUCCCAGGCCCUGUCCAAAGGGCUCACUCAUGAACUAGGACAAGAGACUACAAGGAGUUUGCUUCUGAGCAGGGGUUGGGUUGGUGUGUUUUCUCUCACCUCCCUUUUAUGAGGGUCCUCUUGUCCAUCUUCCAGCCUCACAGAGGGGGCUUGCAUAGGAGUGCAGACUGAAGCCAGCAGAGGAAGGACUGACUGAGGGGCUGUGUGUUCUCUGAUGGGAAUUUGGGGGACAUCGUUGGUCUUGUCCUCUCUUCUGCACAGCACAGGUUCCAGCACUGGCUUUGGAAGAAAAAAAUACCCUGCCCAGAGGGGAAGCCAGGAAAGAUUGGGAAGUGGGUGGCCAGGAGAGAAGGCCUGAUAGGAGCCUUCAGACAAUUUGGGGCCUAGCUGAGUUGGACAAUACAGGAACUGCUCCUGGGCCCAUGGGAAGGCGGGGACCAUAGUACUCCAGCCCAAAAACUAGGGGAGCAUUCAUUACCUUGGCUUGGCCUGGACAUCCAUAGGGCAGGGCCCACCACGUUCCAAAGAAAUAAAAAAAUAUAUUUUUAACGAAUGGAGGCAGUGAAAACUUGCUUAGAUAUUCUGUGUGGAAGAUGGGAGCAGUAAAUAGAUCUCCUGCCAAAAUGAAAUAAAGACCCAACUCUCACAUAGUGGUAAGGAUGGAUGGAGGCCAGUGAAGAAGGGUAGGGACCCAGAACAAGAUCAGAUGGGGCUUUGGGGAAGGUACUUUGUGAGGUAAAAACAUUGGAGCCACCUAGUCCCAUCUGUUUUGGUUUCUAUCUGCACGUACUAUUCCCAGGUUGCCUUAGUAACCAGGGCUCCUAGGGUCAUUUAGGGGGCAGGUACUAAGAAGGGUGGAUGUGCUGGGAAAUGGGAAUGGGAUAUGUAUCUACAGAUCCUUCCCUUAUUCAAACAGAGCAGGGCAGGUGGCAGUUGCUCUCUGAGUUGACAGCAGUUGAUGUAACUCCUACCCCAUCCCUUCCUCAGUCACCAGUGCCUUAAGCCUUCAAGGCUUAAGAGGUGCUGGGGAAAGGAGAGUUAUUCUGGGGACACAAGCCUCAGGGUUCGUCCCUUUCUUCCCUCUGCCUCCACAUAGAACCACAGAGGUUUUAAAUCCAAUUAAGAGUCAGUAAGGCCAAGGGUCCCAGUAGCCAAGCCUCAGUUCCUCCUCAGCUCAUGGCUGAUGGAGGGGAAACAACUCAGGUGUCUAGUCUAUGGGACAGUGGAUUUGGGGGUAGAGAGAGUGAUCCUGGUUUGUUCUUUCCCCAUCAUAUCUCCUGCUACCUCUUGCUCUCUUGUCUGGUUGAUCACUCAGGUUACACCUGGGGUUGGAGAUGGUGGGCUAGGUCAAGGCCAGUCAUUUUUUAAAAAGGUUGCGGGGGGGGGCUGCAGCACGAAAGACUAAAAAUGGGCAAAUACUGAAAUAUUGUUUGUGGAUUCUAGAAACCACACAUUGAUAAGCCUAAUGUUGAUUUUCUGGCACAAUUCUGGUUUAUUAAAAGAGAUGGUUUAUUAGCAUUUA